AAACAACCUUAAAGCUUCAUAUUUUAUUCUGUCACUCCUAUUUUGAGCACUACUGCAUACUUUUUUCUACUCUCCCUGAAGGGUGACAUAUGAUAGUAUGAUACAUACGGACUAUGUUAAUGCAUAAUAUUUCAUUGAUUUUGUUUGCUUUGGAUAGAUUUUUUUACUGAAGCAACAAAAACGUUUAUGUAAUUUUCUUGAAUUUCUUGAAAAAUCUGCACUUUUUCUUCUUCUUCUUCAGAUUAAAGAUUCUUCAAAUUCUAGUUGUGAGAUUACUUUAUUUUUACUUUUUACCAAUCUUGGGGAAAAUAAAUACAGGAGUUUGUUAGUGGUUCCGACAACAUCUAUUGCUGGCAGCUGGAGGUAGAACUUUUCGAGGUUUAGAAGCAUAAACAAGACUCAGAAAUGAAGUUUAUGAAACUUGGAUCUCGCCCUGAUACUUUCUAUAGUACUGAGGCUGUGAGGUCCGUGUCAUCUGAGGUUUCCAGUGAUCUUACAAUUCAAGUGAAGGGAAGCAGAUAUUUACUUCACAAGUUUCCCCUGCUGUCCAAGUGCCUGUGCCUGCAGAGACUAUGUUCAGGAAGCCCUGAAUCCUCACAGAACCAAAUAGUCCAACUCCCUGAUUUUCCUGGUGGAGUGGAAGCAUUUGAGCUCUGUGCAAAAUUCUGCUAUGGAAUCAUAAUUACUCUCAGUGCCUACAACAUCGUAUCGGUUCGAUGUGCUGCAGAAUACCUUCAAAUGACAGAGGAUGUUGAGAAGGGUAAUUUAAUUUACAAGAUCGAAGUUUUCUUCAAUUCUUACAUACUUCAUGGAUGGAGGGACUCUAUUGUAACUUUACAAUGUACCAAAUCUUCCCCAUUGUGGUCUAAGGAUCUUGGAAUAACGAGUCGAUGUAUUGAAGCCAUUGCUUCAAAAGUUUCGUCCCAUCCCUCAAAGGUGAGUUUAUCGCAUAGUUAUUCGAGAAGAGGUAGAGAUAAUGUGUCCUGUAAUGGAUCAGAGAGCCAGAGGGAUAAAAGUACAAGUAAAGGCUGGUGGGCAGAAGAUUUAGCAGAAUUGGGGAUAGAUCUUUAUUGGAGAACAGUGAUUGCCCUGAAAGCAGGUGGGAAGGUCCCCUCGAAUCUCAUUGGAGACGCAUUGCGAAUUUAUGCAUCACGUUGGCUACCGAACAUAUCAAAGUACUUGCAUAUUGAGAAACAGGCAGAAUCUGAUCACGAUUUGGUCUCGUAUGGGGAGGUGAUUUCUAAACAUCGGCUGUUGUUGGAGUUGAUUGUUAGUUUACUGCCACCAGAGAAAGGCUCAGCUUCGUGCAGUUUUCUUUUGAAAUUGUUGAAGGCAGCCAAUAUACUAAAAGCAUCAUCCUCUUCAAAGAGGGAAUUGGCAAGAAGGGUUUCAGUUCAAUUGGAAGAAGCCACAGUUGGAGAUUUGUUAAUCCCAUCUUUAUCGAACACAAAUGGCGUUAUAUUUGAUGUAGAUCUCGUUAUGAACAUUUUUGAGCAAUUUAUGCUACAAGGGCAGAGUCCCCCAACAAGUCCUCCAAGAUGCAAGGGGGACUUUGAAAGGAGAAGAUCUCGUUCAGCCGAAAAUGUUGAUCUGGAGUUUCAAGAAAGCAGGAGAUCAUCUUCUGCAUCACAUAGUUCCAAACUGAAGGUAGCAAAGCUUGUGGACGGAUUUCUUCAAGAGAUAGCACGCGACAAAAAUUUACCUUUAUCGAAGUUCAUUGCCGUUGCAGAAGCAGUUCCAGAAUUCGCAAGGCUCGACCAUGAUGACCUCUACAAAGCUAUUGACAUCUAUCUAAAGGGACAUCUGGAACUCAAUAAAAGUGAAAGGAAACGCCUGUGCCGAAUGUUAGACUGCAAAAAGUUAUCCAUGGAAGCUUGUAUGCAUGCUGCACAGAAUGAGAUGCUCCCACUAAGAGUGCUGGUGCAAGUUCUCUUCUUCGAGCAAGCACGUGCUGCAGUGUCUGGCGGCCAAGUGAUUGAGCUUCCGAGCAAUAUCUCAGAGCUUUUUUCUGCUCAUAAUAACCCAUCAAAGAUUAAAGCUUCUUUUAGAGCCAACGUAGCGGUGGCACCAGAAGACAAAUGGAGUAUGGCCGGGCUCAACUCACCAAAGUCAAACCUUUCGACCCUUAAGAUGAGGGUGGCUGAAGAUGAGGACUUAGACCAAAACUUAUCCGAAGUGAUGAAAAAUUCUUCCAAGCCCAACAGAUCUAAAAGUAUGUUCAGUAAGCUGUGGUCCAUCAACAGAAAUGAAAGUGAAAAGAACUGAUAUAAGUUUAUUUAAUUUCUGGUUGAGGAGGUCCAGAUAAACUAAAUAGUCGCUUUUAUUACUUUCUUUCAUCAAUCCUAAUUCGAGCAGAAAUCUUGGUAAUCUAUAGGAAAGACAAAAUCACUGUGAAUUAUUGGUGAAACCUGCGAUAAUAAGAUGAGGAUAUAGAAAAUUUUGACAAGAGGGAACUUCUCUCUUUGUGCAAACUAAAAUGCAGGAGAGCAAAUGCUGGUUCUGUUUAUAUGUAUCUAGUACUUCCUUUCUCUAGAAAUGAGUUUCAAAUUCGUGAAUUUCAACAAUGUAUGUGCAUGUUCAGUACAACUAAUAAGAUUUUAACUUCUUUUU